UACAGAGCCGUGAACGCAGGGAAGGAUAAGCAGGAGGGAAUAUCCAAAUGAAUUAGACAGUGGACCCCGCCAAACACCACGGAGCUUUUGCUGUUAUAUUGCAUUUGCUCUUUUAUUUUCUCCAAGGACAUGCUUUUUUUUUAAAGAAAAAAUUGCAAUAUCAAUCAAUUUUUAAGAAGCCGUACAGUAAGAAGUAACAGAUUACAAUAAAUCGGUUACUUUUUUUUUUUGUUGUUUUUUUUUUUUGCAGUGUGUCAUCGAAGGAUCGACAUUAAACGUUGAAAUAUUCAGUUUUUUUUUUUUUUUUUUAGAAAGGAUAUUUCACAAAAAAAACUAUUGAGAGAUGUAAAGGAUUUAAAAGGAGAGGUUAAAGCAAGUCGUUUUUUAAAGGGGAAUAAAAACAGAUUUGUGGGUGCGGUGUGUUUGUAUUAUUAUUUAAAUUUGACUGGACGUGAUCUGAAUCAUUUUUUUACAGCAGACUGGGAGCUUCAUGUUGGACGUGACGAUGUGCUCAUUGCUUUCCUACCACAAGUUUACUGAAUGGAGAUAUAGGAAAAACUGACUUGCACAGCAAACUCGCUCUGUUGUAUUUAAAUGUGUCGAGUCUGCAGCGGCUAACCUCACAACUACAGUUGGUAGAUUUCAAGCGAUUCGAUCACCUUUCCUCGGAUGAGAAACUCGCAAUGAGAAUUUUUACGAACAUCAUCCAGUUGAUAGCUGCUCUCCUUAUUCAAUUCUCACCUGCUCAGACUUCUUCUGGAGCAAACGGUACUUCUGAAGUGAUGCUCUUUGGGGAGGUGUGGCGCAGGAGUUUCUGCCGCACGGUUGAGAAGCUGGUGGAGGUGGUGCAGGAGUACCCAGCUGAAGUGGAGCACAUCUUCAGCCCUGCCUGCGUGCCGCUGUGGCGCUGUGCCGGGUGCUGCGGGGACGAGAACUUGGAGUGUGUGCCCACAAAUACCUACAACGUCACCAUGCAACUCUUGAAAAUCAAGCCAGCUGAGCGACGGGAGUAUGUUGAAAUGACAUUUAUUGAGCAUCAGAGAUGUGAAUGUAGACCCAGAAAGGACACCUUUAAAAAUGAAAGGAGAAAAUCAAAGAAGGGGAGGAGAAGAAAAGAAAAACAGAGAACAAAAGACUGCGACACGUGUCAACCUCCUCGCAGGUAACUGAAGUGCCACAAGAGGGACACAAAGCAUCUUUUCUCCAGUAUUUAUUUUCCAGUCAGUAAUGAUGUUGGCAAUCUUCUCAGCACUUUUAAGAAAUGGUGUAUUCCUCGUUGGGUCCUGAGCUGCAGGAACGCUAUAGCGGAUGAAGGACUGAAUAACUUCUCACAAGCAGAUAAGUUUAAGAAGUUCCGCCAAGACCCCUCCCCCGCUGCAACGGACCCCCAUGGACUUGCCCGGGAAGAUGUGCUACACAUCGCUAGAGAACGAGCUCGGAUGUUAUAAAAAGAAUAUUUGAGAUGUCUGAAAACGUUCUCUUUCUAAACAAAAUAUUUAUUGCUAACAUGUAGAGUCCAGUAAUGUAAAAUCAAUAUGAUAAGCAAUAGGCAAGGAGCCUAUGCACAGACAUUUUCAUUCUUCAGACUGGACAUUAACUGAGAGCCUUUCUACAUCUUUCUACUCACCUUGAUCAGUUCUCCUCCGGUUCUUUCCAAGCAAGUUUUCGAUUCCCCAACCCUGGUGAAAACGGCAAAAGUCGAUUCUUUUUUUAUGUUUUGUAAUAUAUAAAAAAAACUCACACCUAGAUAGAGAAUUUAUGAUUUUGUGCAUUAUUUUUUUAAUGAAAAGACACAGUAUCCUUUUACUUAUUUUAAUUUGAAAUGCUUUACAAAUAUGUACACCUGUACUUACUAGGAACUUGAUUGUUAUAAAAAAAACAAGUGAAUACAAUACAACGCCCCUCAGCUUCUGCUGGAUACUUACUGUACAGUUAGAGCUUAAUGUUCCCGGUUGUAACUCUUGCAUGGGAUUUAUAUACAUCGCCUGGUGUUUCUCUGUCAUUUCCCAUCAAAUUGAUAAACCAGCUGCAAAGCUGUACUGUAGAGAAGUGCAAAUCUUGUUCAUGAGUGAGCAGGAUCUCUAGGGUCAACAGUGUGAGCUCAGUUUGGUUUGUAAUACAAAUAAGACAUCAAUCUGUAUUGCUAAGCAGAGAUGGUAAUAAGACUCCUAUUGCAUAGCAGCUUCACCCAUUCCAGGUUUUAAUACAAGUUUGAUUAG